UUCCCCUUCCGGUCCCCCCCGCAUCCCUCGCCACGUUCCCUAGCAACGGUUGCCCCGGCAACCGGAGGGCCGCACUCGGGAGCUCGACAGGAAACCAGGCCGAAACGAAGAGAGAGGAGGGGGCUGAGGGCGGGAAGGGGCAGGGACAGCUCGGGAACAAGAAGGGAGGUAGAAGGGAAAUUCGAGAGGGAAAGGCUGGGACGAGAUUUGGAGGGGAUUCUGUCCUGUGGUGACAAUGGCUUCGCUGGCCCCUCCUGAGAGCAUUUAUAACCUCUUACCCAUUGAGCCAAAGAAAGUCAGCAACCCUCCGAGAUAUGUAUCAACUUUUAGAUCAUUUGUGAGACAUGAGUUACAGAAAAAUAAAGCUGCAUGUAAAACCCUGGGACCAGCAAAGGUUGACGUUCCCUCUCCACAGGAGUUUCUACAGAAACAUUCAAAGGAAGUAAAACUGCCACCCAGGAAAAAAAGUGAACCUAACCAGCCAAAAAAGUCUCCUGUGGCAUCGAAGACAGAUCAACCAGUUAUAGGAAUCGCGAGUGGAAAGAAUUUUAUAAACACAAAUGCGGCUAAUGUCAUCAUGGGAGUAGCUAGAAAGCCUAAACCCAUUUAUGUUGAUAGACGUACUGGAGACAAACAUAAUCUUGAACCUUCAGGACUUGUUCCAAAAUACAUCAACAAAAAGGGUUAUGGUCUCACUCCUGAAUACAUAAUUAAGCGAAAUGAAGAAGUAAGGAAAGCCCAGGAAGAGUACGAUGCCUAUGUCCAGGAGAGUCUCAGAAAGGCAGCCAUGAAACGGCUGUCUGAUGAAGAAAGGGAAACGGUUUUGCAGGGGUUGAAACAGAACUGGGAAGAGGUACAUCGGGAGUUCCAAGCCUUGUCGGUAGUUAUAGAUUCUACACCAAAGAAGAUGCGCAAGCAAAAGCUAGAAGCAGAGAUGAAACAACUCGAGCAUGACAUUGGUGUCAUUGAGAAGCACAAAGUCAUCUACAUUGCCAAUAGUUAAUAACGGAUCCGUAGAAAAUGUUUCUUUUUAACUCAGUAGGAAAAAUGAGGCAGGAAAUGAGAACGAGCUAUUUAUAGGCAGAAAAUAGUAAAUGGGUUAUAAAAUGUCCAAAGCCGUACCCUUUAAAUAAUUAAAAUAUGCUUAUAAGUUAGCGUCCACACGGGAAAGUUCUGUUUCCAUCUUUUUCAUUAAAAGAAUAUUUUCCAGAA